AUGAUUGUCGGAGCAGCCGCCGGUUAUUUGACAUACCAAGCUGGCAAAGCUAUCAUCAGAUCGAUGGCUGGCCCAAUGAUGUGGAAUAACCGUCCGUACUACUGGGGAUCAAACUAUUAUCGACCACAACGAGGAAUGGAGAACAUGUGCCGAAUGCCGAUCGAUCCAUCUGAUCCACAAUUCGGAAAUAUCUAUCAACCGGACGGUGUAACUCGUCCACAUGAGAUUGUGUGGGGAUGUGGUUACUACGAGUACUGUUGUGGUUAUGAGUGCUGCCGUGGCGGUGGAGCGUCGACGAUCGGCGGCUAUGGUGCUUCUGUGGGGUACGCGUUCGCGAUCAUCUAUAUCGCUCGAGCUUAUCUCGUCUGA